AUCAUCAACCAUGAACUUGUUAAUUAAUGACACCCAGAUCAAGGCUAAAAUUUUAUCGGGCGAUCAUGCUUUUUCGUUUUGUUUCCCUAAACUUUGCAAUGAUUCUCCAUGGCACAUAGAGUGUAAAAUGGAGUUUGAAUAUUCGUUCUUAUAAGAGCAAUCUUAAUAAAAGCUUUAAAAACCUCUAAGCGUUAUUUUUAUUUCUUAGUUUUGUUUAACACUUUUUUUUCUAUUUUCUAAUGUUACGAGUUACUGCUUUCUAGUCGUUUAAGUUGAAAACAUUUAUUGUAAAGCGCCUUAGAGCUUGAUGAUGAUAAUGAUGAUGAUGAUACUGAUGACGAUUACAGUGAGCCGAAAACCAUUCAUGAAACCCAUCUACAAAAGCAUACUGGGAUGUCCCUGUAUAUGCAGAGUCAAUGGAAGUGAGCCAAUUGGAUAGAUACGUUAGGAUGACAAAUCUACACUCAAGAAAAUCAAGGAAAGUCAUGUUAUUGGAGAUGAAGAACCCGUGGGUUGAGAAUAGGGAAGCAAUUAAAGAACAGAAAACGUGGCGUCUAGAUUUAUAGAAACAAGUUUCCGGACUAAAAGAUCGUCCAGCAUUACAUCAUGUUACAUGUCGUGCUUGGUAAUCGCUAGAUGAAGAGAACCAACGGUUUUUCUUUGAGACUUUGUUUUAUCUACGUCACUUAACUUAGGGAACCAAUUAUUUAACAAAUAGAUUUUUUCUCAAGCAGAAAUUAGGACCUGAGCUAUUGACUGUGUUUUAUUUUCCCAGGUUGAAUAUACUUUCAUUUUAAUUAGUUCUUUUUAUCUUUACAUCUGGUUUUAAUUGUUUAGUACUAACUGAUAUCGUGUAGCAUUUACGUAGGUCACGGUUACUGGAUUUUUUUUUCAAUGUCUUUCCUUUUCUUCAGAAAAUGCCACGGAGGAGGAAAAACGGCAGUUAGUUCGGGAAAUUGAGCUAAUGAAGGAAGUCGGAACACACCGUAAUAUUGUGAGCAUGCUCGGGUACUGGAUCCAAUCACAUCCCAUCAUGUUAAUUAUGGAAUAUGUUCCAAACGGAGAUCUUCUUCAGUGGCUCAGAAACAAAAGGCAACAGGUAUCAUUACUUUAUCAGCUGUAUCAAUAAAAAUUUGCUGCCCUCUUUGUCACCUUUUGUUUAAAAAAUACCUGCUCUCCAUUCGCAAUAGCGCUGCGCAAAGGUAUUAUUUAUAGAACUCAAAACUCAGACAAACAAAUUCCUCUAUUCUCACUGGGGCCAUCUCGUACAAACGCCCCAAAUCCCUUCGGGAUUCAAGGAUAACAAUUCCUGCGCGCUCGUAGUCUCCUGGGUGUUCUGUUUCACACAGGUUUUGUAUAAAUAGGCCUGUUUUGGCCUGUUUAAUUGUCUUUUCGUUAAACGUUCGCCAGUCGUUAGCUUGGCGUUCUUUUUCUCUUGCCCGGUCAUCGCUGCGCCAUCUUCGAAGAUUCUCUUCGUUCUUCGUUCUCCAUGUCGAACUAAGUCCCUGUUGUUCCUGCGGAUGGGGCUGUUGUAGCGGCCGUUGACCCUCCAGUUGUCGCGCCUCCGGCUCCAGCCGACGCUGCCGGUGACAACAACGCACAGAACGCUAACGACAACGUGGUUCCUGCGCCCCAUCCUGCGGCUCUGGUAGUUGGUGUUUUUCUCUUGUCCUUGUAUUUGUUUCCUCGGCGUGUUUUUUUUCUAGGUGUUGUUGGUCUUUUAGCUUGGUUCUCGCUUCUGUGUUAUUAGUUUUAGUUUUCGCGUUUGUGCUACUAGUUUAGUUUUCGCAUCUGUGUACAAGUUUACAGUUUUCGCGUCUGGGUUACUAUUUAAUUUUCGCGUCUGUGUUACAAAUUUAGUUUUCGCGUCUGUGUACAACUUUAGUUUUCCGUCUGUGUGACAAGUUUAGUUUUCGCGUCUGUGUGACAACUUAAGUUUUCCGUCUGUGCGACAAGUCUGUGUGACAUAUUUAAUUUUCGCGUCUGUGUGACAAAUUUAGUUUUCGCGUCUGUGUGACAAACUUAGUUCUCUCGUCUGUGUGUCAGAUUUAGUUUUCUCGUCUGUGUGACGAAUUUAGUUUUUGCGUCUGUGUGACAACUUAAGUUUUUCGUCUGUGCGACAAGUCUGUGUGACAUAUUUAAUUUUCGCGUCUGUGUGACAAAUUUAGUUUUCCGUCUGUGUGACAACUUAAGUUUUCCGUCUGUGCGACAAGUCUGUGUGACAUAUUUAAUUUUCGCGUCUGUGUGACAAAUUUAGUUUUCCGUCUGUGUGACAAGUCUGUGUGACGAAUUUAGUUUUCGCAUCUGUGUGACAUAUUUAAGAGCAGUUGUCUGUAAGAUUCGAGCUAUAUUAAAAAGGCGCUGCCACACUAUCUCACCGAAUUGGCUAAAAAUUAGCAUGUAGACUUGAUUUGAGGUCUUUAAUAAGGAAUAGGUAUCUUUAGGUUCUAAUUCCUCCUACUUCGGAAAUUAUCGACAUGGCCGUUUUUGGGUGCCUCGGACCGGCGCCAUAUUGGUUAAUAGAAGCUGCUUUUGAGCCUUCGACUACAACCCUUUCUUCAAAGCUAAUCUUCCUUUGCCAAUACAGAUUGAAAGAACAAUCCCUCUUUAUUGUAUUUUUAGAAACUACUUCAAAAUUGAUAACGUUUUCGCAACGAUCGAUUAAACUUUUGGUGGGUAUACUUUUUGAAUUUUUUACACCCGCAAAAUUAACAGAAUUUUAAAGGCGUAUAUCUCCUUUGCCACAUCGCAUUGAAGCUUGCCAAUCUGCCUGAAUACUCACUGUUUGUAGUUAAAUCGAGUUCAUUAAUAAAAAAAUUGGGCAAAUUUAACAGAGCAGAAACAAAAGUAAUGAAUGGAAGACUGUUCUAGCGACUUUGUCAAUAAUCUGUACACCGAAUACUCGCCAGGUGUUGCCAAAAUUACAAUCGAUAAUAGAGUUUCUGUCAUUAAAUCUGAGUGAUCUGUGUAAUAAAAUUAGCCUCUGUAAUAUAAUCGAUAACUCUGCUGCGAAAAACAGUAUAAAAAAAGGCAGAUUGUAUAAGGAAAAGGAAAAUGAAUUUGUUAUGUUUAUGCUAUGACGCGUAAACAGAAUUCAACCAUCACAGUCGAACUGGAAUUUUCCUGAUUUUCCUCCAGUUCCUUUACCGAAACCAGAGCUUUUAAAAUUAACCAGAGUAAUGAAAAUUGAGAUGUAUUACCUUACUCGACGACAAAGUUGCCAGUUUCCACCUUGAUCGAAAAAAAGUAAUAUUUUCCCACGCAUAUCGCGGGUCGUCACGUUCCUUGCCUGGCGUUACAACUCACGUGAAACCGCCUGGUUUCAAACAACUGAACUGAAGAAUCCGUGAAAAUCUUAGCCAGGCAAUAAAUAAUGGAAGUUGAUAUAAGUUAUCAUUAUUAGUGAGUGAGGAUCGAUGCGAUGAUAGUUCCAGCUACACGUGUUUACAGCGUUUGAAGACUCACUCAAAACUCAUGAGACAUGAGCCCUUGAAAUAAACAUCAUUACUUCCGGUUUUAAAAAUUGGGCGUUGGCAAAGUAAUGAAUAGACUCAUUCUUACUUGUACACCGUUAACAACGGUUCCGUGUACAAUUUUCAGGUAUUUUGUCUCAAUCACGAAGCCCGUUUUGAGGAGAUUCUUGAUAAACAGAAAAACUGGUUUGGAAGGGGUUAAGAAGAAUGAGGGAUGAGCCCGGGACAACAAAAACCACAGUCACCCCACCGAAGGGCUUUAAAACUGUGCGAAAAUGCCUCACCCUAGGGACAAUUCCAGAUUUUUGUUUCCUUGAAAAAGCUUAAAAUCGCUAGACAAUGCUUGGACAACUCAAGACAGUCCUAAUUCAAAAUAAAGUAAACAGCAAAGAAAAUUCAGUGAGAGACCAGAGAGUUUAUCCGAUAUCGCGAACAAUAAGGAGUGAUUGAAGAUGUGUCUGCAGUUUAAGGUAAAAUCAUUUACCAUGCUUACGGACCUUUCGACAACAUAAGUGUACCGAUUGACGUAAUAUCAGUGGUAAAAAACGAACGCUUUUUACUGUAGGACGAUGACGUCAUCAUACAAAAGGCGUCUUCACUCUGGCAUCCAGAAUUUCAAACAGUCAAAACCUAAUUUUCUCUGCUCGUCAAAUGAAAAACGCCUCUGAGGGCAAGUAGUGGUAAUGUGCUUGUUAGUAAGACGUCCAACAUAAGAAGACAUUCAUAAUCAACUCGGUUAAUGCAUUGAUAAAGGGAAACUUUCUCCUUUACCCUUAGGGACAGAGUUCAAAGGCGCAAAAGAUUUUUAGUUCAGCUCUAGCAUGUGUUGUCUAGCGAUUUGCCUUGAGCUUCUCUAAAUUUUCCAGAUCAAACAAGCUGUGCCCAUCGUACAUAAUCUUGUCUGGGCUCCCUUGAAAAAUUGCAGUUCAUCAGAUGCAUGCCUUCAAGUUCAUCCUCCUCCGCGACAACUUCGUGAUCUAUUUUAAUGGGUGGUUUUCUGGAACUAUCCUAUGGCUUGUCCUUUCUGGUCGUCACUAUAUUAGCGAACGUGUUUCAAUUUCUCUCCAGCAAAAGUCUCUAUCAGGAGCGUAGCCAGGACUUUCCAGGUGUGCGGAAAAUUUCCAAAACUUACCCAAACAUCUUACUCAGUUCUCUCGCAACGUUUCCCCACUACAUUUGCUAAUUCUAGGUGAGGUUAUGCGUGGAUGAAAUGGCGCUUGCAAUCGGUGAGAAAAUUAGGUUAGACACUUUACCCUCAAGGGCGACUCUCACGUUUUGCUGACACUUUCUACCUUAGAAGAGAUAAGUGAAGCUUUGCCUUCCCCACUCCGUGUAAAAAAAUGUCGUUCGGCUGUUCAAACUACUUUUAGAAAACAACAAACUUCCCAACUUUAAUUUUUAAUAAAGGUGUAAGGGUAGGAAUCCAAAUUGUUUUGGAGUAUUUCACUGAUUUUAACACGAUGAUUGUAAAUUAGUGUCUAGUGAGUACGGGGGCUAAUGCCCCAUCGUAAAAAUCUGAAAUUGAAAACAAAAAUCUUGUAUAACCGAGUAGUACACAAUUUUAGUUAUUUUAUUGAGUUGUGAAAAAUCACAAAUUUGUUUCUUCUUGAAUGUGUUAUACUCUCAUCCAUUCAGUCUUUCCGAUAUGCCCGUCGGAUAGCGUAAGUUAACGUAAAUGAUCGAUUACCUCAAAAGAAGCUACCAUCCUAACUUUCCACCUUCGGGUCUUUUCCCUAGCCAUAGUUUUUUUCCCUCAAGAAUUUUUCUCUGUUUUACAUAAUAAUUGGUCUUGCAUUCAGCUUAUCGAUUUUGAGAGCCUAGUCCUAUGCCGUAUUCUGAUGCGAUCUACUUUAUGUAGCUUUCCCCCCAUCUAACAGCUCCUCACUGAACAAAAACGGCUUUAAUUGAGUCUAUUCAAAGAACUAGCCAAUAUUUUUCCAGCGGUAAGCACAAUGUUCCUAAUUCCCCCUAGUCCCCUUCUUAGACGCUUUCAUGUGCAUCAGGUGUUAAAUUUUCUUUUCAUAAGCUACAAUGCUCAUAAUCGCGCAUUCUGAUGUCAUUUAUGCUUAAAAAAUUAAAAAUUAGUUUAUCGAAGAAAGAGUGAAUUAAAGGUGUCAUGAGGCGUUUGUGAUUUCAUGAUCUAUUUGACGCGGUCCUUUUCUUACGGCUUAUGUCCGUUGGUGAAAUCGCUACUUGGGUUUUCUUGGAUUGAAAAGGGCGGGCUCUUUCUAAACGUGGCGUUGUUUAUGGGACCUUAGUAUUCAGAACAGAAUCAGUCGAUGGCAAACAACGAAAAGGCUUUUAUGUGGUAAGUUACAGUGAUGAACUUUGCCUCGAGAUGGUCAUAUUUUUGUACAUAUCUUCAUGCAAUUCACUGUUGGUCUGAAAAUUUUUUGUUAUGGAUGGGGGAAGGGUGGUGGGGGGGGAGGGGAGAGAUCAGAACAUGUACCUCGUGUUGUUUACGAGACAUUAAAGUAAUGAAAACUGUUAAACAGUCUUCUACAAAUCAAAAUAGUUGCAAAUGCUUACGGGAGGCCCUAACUAUAUGAUGAUUAGAAGGGCUAUAUUUGGAAAGGUGCAUGGUCCUGGAGUUCAGGAGAUUUGACUAAUCAACCAAUUUCCCGCUAAACAUAAGGGCGUGGCCAGUGGCCCCAAAAUUGUGUUCGCUCGCCCCGGGCUGGCUCAACUUUUGGGAUACGCUUAUGGGGUUAUAAACAAUGAGUUCAUCAUCUAUAUAGUCUACGCGCCCCAAGUGACUGCAUUUCGCUUUUCAGAGACCCAUCAGUUACUGUAUGACCCUCUCCGAUCAGAUUUUAUGUCCGUGGUACUGGUGGUGAGGUCAGUCUACAAGCAGAGUCGUGAAAAACACCGCCACUUGAGCCUUUACGUUCAAAACAUUCCUGGCUAUCGGGAAAAAAAGAAGGAGCUUUUAAAAAUACUAAAUAAAAUGUCAUUUCAAAUAUCACUUUGAGCUUUUAAAAAUACUAAAUAAAAUGUCAUUUCAAAUAUCACUUUGUCACCGUUCGAAAAUUAUUGUGAAUCAGACCGAAUGAAAGUUCACUCAAAGAGGAGGAGUGGGGAGGGGGGUUGGUAGUUCUUAACAGUUCCAGUUAGCUAGAAAAUUAAAAGUUACGAAAAAAUAGUGGGCGAACUGCAGAAUACAUGCAAGAAUGAGAAAGAAAAUAGAAAACAACUUCCUGUUCAAAUUCGGGUGAAACGUUUAAUAGCGUCAAGAAGACUGAACUUGAUUGAGGUUGUUAAUUUCAGUUCCGUUCCAGCGUGCAGUUCCUUGUCCUCCUAAAAAUAGCUUCGUCUCCCACCGAUCAUUCCAUGUCAUAUUUUGCGGACUUAUAAUUCAGUAAUGACGGUACGAUCAGGUAAUUUGACUUGAUGAGUUCUUUAAUUUCAUUUCAUGUACUAGUUUUGUAUCUUACGCUGGAAAGAUCUGCCAAACAGUGUACAUUAGCAAAGGUAGGUUCCUGUUUACACGUGCAAUUAUCGAAUACCAUACAAUUUGCAUAAAGCUACAGUGCACGGUUGGUUUUUCUAGCCUUUUGAUUAAAAUUGACAACGUUUGCGUUAUCUUUGCCUAAGAAAAUAUGUAAUUUGUAGCUGUAUACAGCGAAAUACUACAGAGAAAAUUGUCACUGUGCAGUACACGAGCGGCUCCCGAUUGGUCUGGGAAAUCGAAGAGCGAACUGGAGCUAGUACCGUGUGUAACAAAAUUUAUAAUUUUCAUUUUAGCGCAUAUUUCAAGCUCUUCGCAAGAUCAGAAUCAAAAGAUCAUCUGUUUACAUUACAAGGGAGGGUUUUUUAAGCGAUAGAUAGGGUUUAAGAGGCACGAUCAAUUUUUAAAGAAUUUUCUUUUCAAAUAUUCACCGAAUUUUGUUUUGAAGUUUUAGCGGCCAAGUGGCUGAACCACUGCGCAUUCAUGCAAUCAUAUUUCUGUUCCGUUGCAUUUGCCCAAUUAUUUUAUUCCACAAUCUAACUUAGCUAUAAACAAACUAUGUCUAGUUAAAAUGGCUUAGUCUAAAUCGAUGUGGCAUGGGUGAUAUUGACCUUCCAAUUUCUACCAAAUUUGUGUACCGUUUAAGUACCGAAAAAGUGCUGUGAGAAGUUAUAGCCGUUCGUAGCUCAGGCUUAACCAUUUUCAGAUAAGAGUAGGUAAAUGAAAGGAGGAAGGAUAGUUCUUUGCAACUGUAUGAGUCACGAUUAAGUUAUUCUAAUGAUAAGGCUAGAAUUAAUUACUGUAAAUCUCCUUCAGUUCACCAACAUGGCGGCCGCUCGAGGCCUCGUCAAAACUGUCAUUCCUGUAUCUUUGAAACCAACGAGAAUUCGAACCUUAGAAUAUGCAUUCAGUAUUUAGGACACCAUUCUAAGACUACAUGCCAAAAAUCAGCCAAAUCGAUGAGGUACCGUGUCAGGCCAAAGUUCGAAUUUUACAGAAAAUCACUCUUAAUUUUCGCGUCUGUGUGACAAAUUUAGUUUUCUGUCUGUGUGACAAAUUUAGUUUUCUCGUCUGUGUGACAAGUUUAGUUUUCCGUCUGGCUGACAAGUCUGUGUGACAUGUUUAAUUUAGUUUUCGCGUCUGUGUGACAAGUUUGGUUUUCCGUCUGUGUUACAAGUUUGGGUUUCGCGUCUGUGUACAAAAUUUUGUUCUCUCCUCUGUGUUACAAACUUAGUUUUCUCGUCUGUGUGUCAGAUUUAGUUUUCUCGUCUGUGUGACGAAUUUAGUUUUCUCGUCUGUGUGACAAAUGUUAUGCAUCCGGCUGUGUGCCGAGGUCCUAUCAGGGUCUGUGUGACCAAUUUACUUUUCAUUUCCGCGUGAUUUAUGAUCGGUACUCUCUCUUAAGAUUUGAUUUACGUGACGAGGGACGUGACAUGACGAGUCUGUGUGACAAGUCUGUGUGACAGAUUUAUGAACACGUCCUUAUGCCGGUUUUGUCCUGUCGGGGUCUGUGCGACCAAUUUACUUUCCAUUCUGGCGUGUUUAUGACUCAUAUUCUUCUUGGCACUCCGUAUGGAGAUUUGAUUUGUCUGCAUGUGUUACGAUUCUUUGUACUCUGUGAUCUGUGAUCGAUUUUUUACUCUGUGAUCUGCGGCUAUGUAACAUUAUGAAUGCAUCAUUGGUCAUCACGUUAUAGUGCCUUGUGCUUGGUCGAGUUGUUAGCAAAUGGUCCGUGUCACUUGUUCCUCGGGUUAUCCUUCCUUAAGUCAACCGCUGGUAUGCCUACGAUGGGGUUUUCUUAUACCCUUAAUUGCUCUGUCCCUGGACGGGGUAUUUCGGGGCUGCUUCGCGGUUGACUUUUCCCCUUUCCUACCAUUUCGUUGGUUAGUUUUGCUCUUUAGUUUUUUCAUUUGUAAGCCUCGCCCUGUUACAACGCUCGUUACGUUUUCCUCCCAGUUCAGAUAUCGCUUUAUACUAUCCGAUGGUGCAAUCGGGAAGGGGAAAGGUCUCGCGUUGCAGUCCCUCUCACUUCACCUUCCAUAGCGAUCACGAUGAAUUUACGAUCUUUACGCCAGUUUUCCCGUGAGGUUAUUUUACUUGUCUCUCCGUUUUUCAGUAUCGUGCUAGGACUGUCAAGAGUUGUCAAUAAUAAACCUUUUCUUCUGAGUUUUGGGGAGAGUUACGUGUUUCUGGUUUAUUGUGGUAGUUUGCCCUAGCUUUCGGGAGUAGCAGCCGUAGGGCUCGCUUCUUCCCAUAUCUUAUCCUUGCCUGGGGCGUUUGGGAGUGAGGGCUCCCAGUGAGAAUAUAUUACUAUUCUCACUGGGGCCAUCUCGUACAAACGCCCCAAAUCCGUUCGGGAUUCAAGGAUAAAAAUUCCCGCGCGCUCGUAGUCUCCUGGGUGUUCUGUUUCACACAGGUUUUGUAUAAAUAAGCCUGUUUUGGCCUGUUUAAUUGUCUUUUCGUUAAACGUUCGCCAGUCGUUAGCUUGGCGUCCCUCCCUCCUCCCCGCAGCGAUGACCAUUGUUGUCAUCCUAGCUAGCUCCCGCUCCUUUUUCGCCUCCGGGCUCGCUUCUUCCCAUAUCUUAUCCUUGCCUGGGGCGUUUGGGAGUGAGGGCUCCCAGUGAGAAUAUAUUACAAUUCUUUUUGUUUUUUUGUCAUUAAAAUGUCAAGUUUGUCUGACUUUUGUCAUGAAAAUAACAAAAAUGGCAGAUUUCAGACAAACAUUGCAAAUUAGUCACUCUGACGUCAUUAGCAUUCUGUGCUGCACUUUAAUUUUCUAAUGAUCAUCCUGCUGCGUGUGUGCGUUUUUUUCUUACAUUGUGUGGUCUCUUAAGACAAAAGGAAAAUCCUCUAUCUCAUCACACGUCUAAAACCAUCGUCUUCGUUAAAAAUAAUAAGAUGCUAACCAACUUGAUGUGAGAAUUUGUACAUGUUAUCUAUAAUUUAAGUUCUCAAAGACAAAGGUUCACUUAAAAAUGUAGGUAUAAAUGCAACCGGGUAUUCGUAUUUUUCCAAACGCGGUUUAUACAGCCAGACUGUUUAGAUGCUAUUCAUGUAUGCGGAAAACAAAGAUCGGUAAAUACACCAAAAUAUGUGUUCAUAAAGUCAGCAAAGUCAAGGAUCCGUUAAGAUUUCCGGGAAACUGCCCACCUACCCCUCCCCUAAGCCACAUUUUACAUAAGUGAGAAGGUAGUGUUGAUGUUGUCUUUGCGGAGGGGUAGGUUGUCAGAAAAGAAAAAAAACCAGAAUCAGAAAAAAUCGCGAGAUUACCUAAUGGUGGAGCUACGCUAUUGUUUGAACAUAGUAACAAGACAAAUUGCAAGAAUAGUUUACUUCAACGAACGCUUUUCAUUCUACUGAUUUACGUAUUUUUUCUCAUUUUCCCAUGUAUUCACCGUGGCUGAGCUCCGCCAUUUGAUAAACGUCCUUAAUUCGAGCUAACAAAGGGCUUCCACUCAAAAUGCCCGUCAGCUUUUCGAUCCACGGCCUUUCAAUGGUGGCAAGAUGAGUUAUUCAAAUCAACCGAUAACACCAGAGUUUUGCUUUUUACCCUCCCACAGACGUAGUAGAAAAGUUUCUUUUUAAAAAACCCUUCAGAAUAUUUUGGUGGAGAUAAUGAUUGUCCGUCCCGAAAGCCCUGUACGAGAUAUGACGUCGAAGUGACAUUACGUCAAACCAAAUAUCAAGAAGCACUGCACGUUGCGUUUUUGGGACUGUGUAUCUUAAAAUGUCAUAGAAAAAUGUAACAAAGCAGAGGAAAAGAAACAAAAGCUUUGUUUCUAUUGCAGUAUAAUCCAUUUAAAUUUUUCGUUGACGAUUUAAGAAAGUUGGCCCAUAAGGUAUUCCCGGCUAGAUUUUCAGUUUAACGUCGGUUAAGUAAUCUUUCAAUUCACAUGGAUUCCUUUUCAAUGGGUAAAAAUAUUUCGGCUAACCAACUGAUAGUGUUGAAAUUGUUUCUGCUGGCAAAACCGUUUCAUGAUCAGACGGAAUUCAUUUCAAUAUUUUUUUGCAGCUUACAAUGAAAAAGAGUCGUCAGAGUGAUGUUUUUGAAAGGCUUAAACCUCCUGUUCCUGAGAGGCCGAAAUUGGUGUCCAGAAACCUGCAAACAAAAGAUGUCCUGGAUGAAAACCUGAAAGAGGAGAACAGGGGAAAAAAGAAUGAAGAAAGUGGAAAAGACGGUGGUUAUCAUUGCAGCGAGACGAAGGAAAUUAAAAUCGACCUGGAAGACGAUGAAAGAGGAGUUCUAAUCAACGAUGCACCUCAAACUGAAAUGGAACCUUCUUGCUCAAACCUGGAAGACGAAGAUGACAAGGAAGAAGACGAAAGUGACGAUGUCAACACGCCAUUUCUACAAAAUGAAGGACAAAAGGGGUCGGCUACGUCGGUGAUGGUGUUACCUUCGAUCAAUAUUGCCCAUUUCUCCAAAGAAAAAGAGCUCACACCUGCUGAGGCUUUAAGAAACGUCGAAGAAAAGAUCACCAUCGAGAAAGAAGGCAGCUGUGAGGGCAAGGAAGAUGAUGAAGAAGACAUUUCUGGGAAAGAAGUCUUAUGUUAUGCGUGGCAGAUUGCUAAAGGGAUGGUAAGAACUUUUUCGACUGAAGAAUGCUUUGAGCAAUUUAGUCAUCGUUUGUAAAUCACAAGAAUCUGCCUCUUCCCCUUAUUAAUACUUUAAUACAAGUUUUUCUGUGCCUGCAAGUAUAUGCUAUCUGGUCAUGAGACGGCAGAUUUUUCAAGCAUUCAAAUUUCUGCGUUAAUUAUAACAGACCAUGAUAGCGCUAACUACUAUCUUGCUGAAUUUUUCGUGAAACACAACACAUAUAAAAUUGAGCCGUUUGAUUUUAAAAAAGGUCAAAACCGAGUUUUUUAAUUUUCUAUCGCCCGAGAAGCCUAAAAAUCACAAGGAGCCGUUGUGAAGGUACCUAUUGAAAAAUCAGGUCUGGUCGUACUUCGAAAAGGUAUCUAAGGAAAACAGCCAUAUGACCGGAAUAAGGCAAAUCUAUCAGUUAUUUCAUUUGAAUCGUACAAGCCUGACAUACAGGGACAUAGCCAGCUUUUCGACUAGUUGUAGGCCUGGUUGACUCUCAUUUCCACAUAUCCUGAAAAUUGCACGCAUGACCCGUACGCACUGACCUCACCAACACUUUGAGCUCUUAUGUUUUUUUAGCUCGCCCCAACAACGCAUAAUUUAUUACAAGCGGUAGAGUGAUCCAAACAACAAUUUGAAGGCCUGGGCCUACAGGACUAUGGGCUGGCUACGCCCCUGACAUUCACGGCAGAACAGGAAAUAGAAAGCAAAAAGGAGAGGAAAAGAAAAGAAGGGAAGUAGAGAAAAGAAAAAGCAAUGGUUAAAUUUGUUCUCGGGGUUGGAUGACUGAGCAGCAAGGACUAGAUAAAUCUUGACCCCCGUAAUCGGGUUCUUGGAAAGCACAAUAAACGGUCUGCAAGUGGAACUGAUGGCUGAAAGGAUUGCUUUUCGUAAACGGCAACUAUGAUGGUAUUUGCUAACUACUGUAAGCUGAAUUGAUAUACCUGGUGGCUCAGCUGUAUAUUUGGCUCUAAAUGAAUAAUGUUCACUAGGUAUGCUGUUUUGGGUGACUUCGAAAUAGAAAUCAGCAGUAUAGUAAGAACCAAUAGGUUUUUUUUUUUUUUUCGGGCGUGGCAGUCUAAGGAGGACUUUAUUCCACUCACCCCAGGUCCCCCUGAAAAACAGCAUUUAAUUAAGUGUCAACUGGUGUCAAAAGGCUUUCUUCCGCCGUUGAAAUCUUAACUGAAAACCUUAUUUUUCGGCCAAUAUUCAUCCCUUCGAGUUAUCGAGGGUAAAAACUGAAGGGAAACAAAAAAAUUACUUGAAGUUAGCGGCCGGGAGUUUCGAGUUAUCGAGGGUUCGAGUUACCGAGGAUAAAUUACACUAAAGGAAAUCCAGCGGAAAUGGAUUCUGGUUCGAGUUAGCGAGGGUUCGAGUUAUCUGGACUCGACUGUAGUUCACUUAGCUUGUUCAACUUUGACGGCUUUUUGUGCUGAAAAGUAUAUGUCGCUGGGAUAUUGUAAACCAAUUGCUUAAUUUUUUCCUUCGUUUUCCAACAGCUGUGACAGAAAUCCUCCCUCCAUUCUUCAAGAAUAGGCCGACGAUCACUUCCUCCCGCUUUCCCGACCGUUUUCCAGGCACAGCUUGCAGUAGCCUGUUCCAGGUUCUGGAUAGUAGGGGUGGCACCUGCAAAAAUAAGGCAAAAAAGCAUAAGGCACCGGGCGAAAAAGUGUAAAGCACCGGCAAAAAUAUAAAAGCGUGAUCUAGGAAAAAGGGGCGGUGACGGGCUAUUUUUGAGCCUGGAACAGAUGUUUCAUUGCACUUGGUUGCUUUUCCGUCAAAUCGUUAAAUCGGGAGUUCGUUUACAACGAUAUCCCGAUUAAACUGCUAUCCCCCUGCCAUAUCGCAAAAUCGAGCUUCCAUUUUAAUUUCAGAUUGGAAUCUGGUAACUAAAAAUUUUUUGAGAAAUAAUUUCGGUUUUUCUCUGCCAGGAAUACUUGGCCAGCAAAGGAUUCAUUCAUCGUGACCUGGCAGCCCGUAAUAUCCUACUUGGUGAGGACAGAGCGGUGAAGAUUGCUGAUUUUGGUUUGUUACGCCGGGCAAAUGAGAGUGAAAUAUACGAAGUUACGAGCGUACACAAGCUACCAAUGAAAUGGAUGGCACCUGAAGCGUUGGAAAGCGGCAUUUUUACUUUCAAGACUGACGUGUGAGUAUAUGUUAACGAGGUCACAGUUAGGCCAAGCUUAGGCUUCCUGUGACUCAGUGUGAAGCUGAGGUUUUAGAUAACAUAGACCCUGCAAUGUACUGUUUAGAACUGUCUGAAGAAAAAGAGCACAAUUUUGAUCAUGACACUGUCUGCAGUAGCGCUUAUCACUCUAUCUCUAAAGAAAUACUCAAGUGUUUGGAAAACAUUAGCCUGUUCCAGACGUGAAACUUGAAAAUAAGAUUUAUAAACAGAAACUUUGAGCCGAUGAAGUUAAUCAGAGACCAUCUUGGAUCCUAGAUUCCACGCUCCACAUUCCGCAUUCCAGAUACUAGAUUCCGGAUUCCAACACAGUGUAUUCCAGAUUUCAAAAGGCCUAGAUUCCAGAAUUUCAUAGUUAGCUGGACUUCGGAUUCCAAAGUCCAUGACUCCAAGCAAAAAUUUCCUGGAUUACCAUCCAUAGGACGAGAUAAACAAAAUUAAUAUUUCUGUGAGGUUAAUUCUUGCAAUUUCUUUAUCUGCUUCCUUUUAUUGCAGAUGGUCAUUUGGAGUUGUUUUGUGGGAACUAGCCACCAUGGGUAAGCUAGUUUUAUAAAUCUUUGUAUACUGAUGCUGGUAGAAUAAUACUCUAGUCAUUUUCCUAUACCCAAGGGAAUUGAGAGGAAUCCCCAAUGACAGUAGUCAGGGAAAAGCUGACUGUUCAGUUUUCGGAUAGCAGUUACGGGAGAAUCGAGCCGCUUUAUAAAAGAAGCCAUUCUCACAUGAUGUCGUGAUUGCUAAACAACUAGAAAAAAUAAUAGGCUAACUAGUAGUAUACUAUGUUGGAAGAUAAGCCCCGUUAGUGCGUUCCCUUUGCGUUCCGUGUACGUUCCCUCAAGCAGGAAUGCUGGAUAGAGUGAAGGAUGGCAGCUGUAGCUAGUGGUCAAGAGGCGUGCCUUGGAUCGAGAACCAUAAGGAAGGACUUGCCCGUGGGCAGAUCAAACAGCCUGUUGAAAAGCGGAAACAAAAGGGCUUUACAUCUCAUUUUGUAUUCGAAACAGAAAUGAUGCGAUAUAAAGCAAGGUGCGACGGUGCGACGUGGUUUAAAACAUAUGUGAUUGUGUGAUUCGUAAAUAAAUCACACUGCUGAGAGCCAAUCAGAUUGCAGGGAUCACCAGCGAUUUCAAAAUCAAAAAUUAGAAAAGCCUGAUAAUGUUUAAUAAGACAGCAUUGAUCUUUAUUUUGUUAUUUUAGGGGGUACUCCAUACCCUGGGAUAACCCCUAUGAGGCUAUGCAGUUUACUUAAAGCUGGAUAUCGGAUGGAGAAACCCAACACGUGCAGCGAUGAAAUGUAAGUCAGAAUAGAAAUAAUAAAAGACGCGCGAACAGAGGGUACUAUGAAGAAAUACUUUCAUAGUCCUUCAAACAGUUUUUUUUCUAAAAUUGUCAGCCUUUUCCAAGGAGUGGAAACUGCAGCGCGCCUCUUUCCUUUACGUUGCUCUAUUUUAAAAAGAGCCUAUAGAACAUAAGUGUCUUCAAUAUUCAAAGUAAACGAAGACAUAUCUUUAUAUAGUGGUAUUUGAAACUAUGGCUUCCUUUUACAACAGAUACAAAUUGAUGAUGGACUGCUGGAAGGAGGAUCCAAAUGAACGACCCUCAUUCGUUCAACUAGUACCGAUACUGGAAGAGAUGAUGACAGAAGAUACCCCUUACUAUUAUUUCAGACUACUGGAUCAGAACCAGCCAUGUUACCGUGAGGCAUCCGCCACUAACACCAGUAAAGCUAGUACUCUUGAUACGAAGCUGUAA